AGGCCAGGCCAGGCCAGGCCAGGCCAGGCCAGGCCAGGCCAGGCCAGGCCAGGCCAGGCCAGGCCAGGCCAGGCCAGGCCAGGCCAGGCCAGGCCAGGCCAGGCCAGGCCAGGCCAGGGCCAGGCCAGGCCAGGCCAGGCCAGGCCAGGCCAGGCCAGGCCAGGCCAGGCCAGGCCAGGCCAGGCCAGGCCAGGCCAGGCCAGGCCAGGCCAGGCCAGGCCAGGCCAGGCCAGGCCAGGCCAGGCCAGGCCAGGCCAGGCCAGGCCAGGCCAGGCCAGGCCAGGCCAGGCCAGGCCAGGCCAGGCCAGGCCAGGCCAGGCCAGGCCAGGCCAGGCCAGGCCAGGCCAGGCCAGGCCAGGCCAGGCCAGGCCAGGCCAGGCCAGGCCAGGCCAGGCCAGGCCAGGCCAGGCCAGGCCAGGCCAGGCCAGGCCAGGCCAGGCCAGGCCAGGCCAGGCCAGGCCAGGCCAGGCCAGGCCAGGCCAGGCCAGGCCAGGCCAGGCCAGGCCAGGCCAGGCCAGGCCAGGCCAGGCCAGGCCAGGCCAGGCCAGGCCAGGCCAGGCCAGGCCAGGCCAGGCCAGGCCAGGCCAGGCCAGGCCAGGCCAGGCCAGGCCAGGCCAGGCCAGGCCAGGCCAGGCCAGGCCAGGCCAGGCCAGGCCAGGGCCAGGCCAGGCCAGGCCAGGCCAGGCCAGGCCAGGCCAGGCCAGGCCAGGCCAGGCCAGGCCAGGCCAGGCCAGGCCAGGCCAGGCCAGGCCAGGCCAGGCCAGGCCAGGCCAGGCCAGGCCAGGCCAGGCCAGGCCAGGCCAGGCCAGGCCAGGCCAGGCCAGGCCAGGCCAGGCCAGGCCAGGCCAGGCCAGGCCAGGCCAGGCCAGGCCAGGCCAGGCCAGGCCAGGCCAGGCCAGGCCAGGCCAGGCCAGGCCAGGCCAGGCCAGGCCAGGCCAGGCCAGGCCAGGCCAGGCCAGGCCAGGCCAGGCCAGGCCAGGCCAGGCCAGGCCAGGCCAGGCCAGGCCAGGCCAGGCCAGGGCCAGGCCAGGGGCCAGGCCAGGCCAGGCCAGGCCAGGCCAGGCCAGGCCAGGCCAGGCCAGGCCAGGCCAGGCCAGGCCAGGCCAGGCCAGGCCAGGCCAGGCCAGGCCAGGCCAGGCCAGGCCAGGCCAGGCCAGGCCAGGCCAGGCCAGGCCAGGCCAGGCCAGGCCAGGCCAGGCCAGCCAGGCCAGGCCAGGC